AAUCUUUGGACAUACUAUAUAAUGAUCCUCAAACCCUAUUAUUAACCCCUCCAAUCUAGUUUUCAUUCCUCAUCUCUCGCCGCAAGGGUUUAAGAGCACAGCUUUCUCCUAAGUUAUUUUACCGGAGAUUCCAGCAUGGGUAAGGAAAAGACUCACAUCAACAUUGUAGUCAUUGGCCAUGUCGACUCUGGUAAGUCGACCACUACUGGCCAUUUGAUUUACAAGCUUGGAGGUAUUGACAAGCGUGUUAUUGAGAGGUUUGAGAAGGAAGCUGCUGAGAUGAACAAGAGAUCGUUCAAGUAUGCCUGGGUGUUGGAUAAGCUUAAGGCUGAACGUGAGCGUGGUAUCACAAUUGAUAUUGCUUUGUGGAAGUUCGAAACCACCAAGUACUACUGCACUGUUAUUGAUGCUCCUGGGCAUCGUGAUUUCAUCAAGAACAUGAUUACUGGAACUUCCCAGGCUGAUUGUGCUGUCCUUAUCAUUGACUCCACUACCGGAGGUUUUGAAGCUGGUAUUUCUAAGGAUGGGCAGACCCGUGAACACGCCCUCCUUGCCUUUACCCUCGGUGUCAAGCAAAUGAUUUGCUGCUGUAACAAGAUGGAUGCCACCACUCCCAAGUACUCCAAAUCUAGGUACGAUGAAAUUGUGAAGGAAGUUUCUUCCUACCUCAAGAAGGUUGGCUACAACCCAGACAAAAUUCCCUUCGUCCCCAUCUCUGGCUUUGAGGGUGACAACAUGAUUGAAAGAUCCACCAACCUCGAUUGGUACAAGGGACCAACCCUUCUUGAGGCCCUCGACCUGAUCCAAGAGCCUAAGAGACCAUCUGACAAACCCCUUCGUCUUCCACUUCAGGAUGUCUACAAGAUUGGAGGUAUUGGAACUGUUCCAGUGGGUCGUGUUGAAACUGGCAUUAUAAAACCUGGUAUGGUGGUAACCUUUGCUCCAACUGGACUGACUACUGAAGUUAAGUCUGUGGAGAUGCACCACGAAGCUCUCCAAGAAGCUCUCCCUGGUGACAACGUGGGGUUCAACGUGAAGAAUGUUGCCGUGAAGGAUCUCAAGCGUGGUUAUGUUGCCUCAAAUUCCAAGGAUGAUCCUGCCAAGGAAGCUGCCAAUUUCACUUCCCAAGUUAUCAUCAUGAACCAUCCAGGACAGAUUGGAAAUGGUUAUGCACCUGUCCUCGAUUGCCACACAUCUCACAUUGCUGUCAAAUUUGCCGAGAUUUUAACCAAGAUUGACAGGCGAUCUGGAAAAGAACUGGAGAAAGAGCCCAAGUUUUUGAAGAACGGAGAUGCUGGAUUUGUUAAGAUGAUUCCCACCAAACCCAUGGUGGUGGAAACAUUCUCCGAGUAUCCGCCACUUGGACGAUUUGCCGUGAGGGACAUGCGUCAAACUGUGGCUGUUGGUGUCAUCAAGGCCGUCGAGAAGAAGGAUGCAUCCGGUGCCAAGGUCACCAAAUCAGCAGCUAAGAAAUCAGGCAAGUGAAUGGUGCGAGUAGCCGUUGGCGGCCAACGGCUUGAUGUUAAUCAUCAUGAUGACUGGAAUCUUAUUAAUAUGUUCUGUGGUUGUUGGGUAGUGUGUUGUUUGUGUCUGGUUGGUCAUGUCUUCAAGUUUCCUCCAUGGUCGGUGAGUAGCUUUUCGCAGAAUUGGGUGCUUGAUCGGCGGUGGCAAGUCUUUCAUUUUUAUCUUUGAGAGUUCUAUGUUUUAUGGCUGUUUUUAUUUCAAACAACUUGUUAUGUGUUCGUAUUUCUUGCUUAAUUAAUACAUGGAUCGUUUUUGUUUCAA